AUGAGCUACCAGUUGUACAGGAACACUACUUUAGGGCAUACGUUGCAAGAAAGUUUGGAUGAGUUAAUUCAGAUGGGGCAAAUCUCACCACAGCUUGCUCUGAAGGUCCUCUUGCAGUUUGAUAAGGCCAUCAACCAGGCGUUGGCUAGUAGAGUUAAGUCAAAGGUCACAUUUAAGGGCAAGUUGAACACCUACAGGUUCUGUGACAAUGUCUGGACUUUUGUGCUGAACAAUGUCGACUUCAGAGAACAGCCGGCGGGAGAGAUUGCUAGAGUGGAGAAAGUUAAAAUUGUUGCUUGUGAUGGAAAGAGCAUGGGAGAUGUGAAAUAA